CUCUGUUGUAUAGUUCUAUGGAGUCGAGGACGCACCAUUAUUUUUGUACUUCGUUUCUCGUACGAGAUACGAUCAUGUAGGAACAUAGUGUACGUCUGACUACUUGUGGUCCUCGACGCCAGACGAGCGGCCUUGACCAAGAGGUGUAGGUGAACUCUAUUUCAGAUAGAAAUAUAACUCUUCAAGCUCGACGGAACACAACGAAGUAUAUACAACAAAGAUGAAUGAAAGGCAUCUGAUUUAGGCGGGAAAUCGAUUUGUGAAGAUUAAGGUACCAGAAACAAAAAGUAAAGCUACUUUCGGAUUGUACUUUAAGAACAAAAGGCGUUUUCACAGUUUUAGGGUUUAGGGUUUAGUCAGGGUUAGGUUUCAGUUUGUCAACGAUGAGAGCCGCAACGGGAGAUCUACAGCAGCACCAGCAGCACGCCACUGUUGCAAAUCCGAAUGCGUCCUCGGCUAUGGCUCCCGAAGAGCAGAGCAAUUUCUCGCCUCGUGCUUUACAUCGCUCGCAGUCGAUACGUUCGGCACCGGCUGCUGGGAAUGUGCGUGCCUAUCAAGCUGAGGAGGAGGAGGACAGUCUCGCGCCUCUGCCUUUUGACCACGAUGAUGCGACUCAGCUGCAGCGCGGUGUCACGUACCCGCAGGAUACUUUUCGGAAUACUAGAUCGAAUAUUUUUACCAAGACUUCUGUUGCAGGGCACGAAGAUCAUGUUCUUGAGCCAGCAGAUCUAAGACUUGCACUAUCAAAAGAAGACCUGGAUGGACGUGCGCCGGCUAGUACGCACUCUUACUGCGGAAGUACCGCGGACGAAGGGCUGUCUCCGAUGGACGAGAAUCUUCUGACCACCACUCCCACGCCAACCCCAACGCCGAACAGCUACAACAAUUACGGCAAUGGCGUGCACGCUUGUUACAACUUACCACAAACCGCGACGGGUCCGGAAAGCGGUGGCGCGUCUUGUUCAGGAACGCUUCCUGUUCUCAGUCGAGAUGAAGAAAUGCUUGCGCAGAAAGUAAAUGAACCGACCUCCGCACUUCCUGUGGUCAGUCGAGACGAUAUCGUCGCACAGAGCAGACCGAUCGCACAUUAUGGCGCGGCCGCACCUGCUGGGCUAAAUACGCUAGCUCCGAACUUCUUGACACCGCAUAAUUUUUGUGGUGCGCCACAAGUUAAUAUGUUGGAGCCACACGGACACGACCCACAGCUACCCGCACCCGGGAUGAGUGUGAGUGUGGCGGCAGAUCGUGGUGCGCAACAUCAACAAGCGGUUAUGAGUAGCCACAUAAUGACACAGAUGGAGACGAUGCCGGAGCCAAACAUGGCGCCAGCGAGUGAAGAUCGCGCUUCUUCUGGUUACCAGUACAACUUGGAGACACAACCGAACGGAGGGACUUUUUACAGCGCCAGGCCAGAUCCAAUUGCUGCGCCGCGAAGCAAUGUUUUCAAUGUGGCAGGAAACAGCCAUCCUGCUGAUAUGUCUCUUCCGAAGGGCCGUCUAGGCGAAGCAAUUUUUUUCGGACUCGUACCAAGGGGGGAACAGCUAACCCUAACACAGCAGCUGCCGCAAGUACCGCAGCAACUGCCGCAGCAAGUACCGCAGCAACUGCCGCCGCAGCCACAACAGGUGCAGGGGCUGGUGCCGGGACAUCCGCAGCAUCAACAAGAAGGGACGCCACAGCCAGAUUGUCCUCCUCUUAGCAGCCAGCACACUCAGCAAGGCCCGGCGCCGGCUUGUUUCUACGGCAUAAACACCCACAACGGACGAGCAGGUGCUGUGGGUGUGUUGCAACAUCAGGAUGUGCAGGUACGUAGCAACGACGUGCCCAUGAUACUGAGUGGCCCAGUACUAGGCGGGAACAAUGGCCCGUACCACAACAACCUAACUAGUGCAGCAUGCAACAACUACGACAAAGCUCUUGACGCUUCGGGGAUGCAGAACGAGUACAACAAUGCCUACAAUCCUGCAGCUGUGCCCAAUUCCGGUGCACAACCGCAAAUAAUGAUCCAGCAAAACGGGUAUAGCAAUUUUGAUGGAAGAGGUGGCACAGCAGCAGCAGCUAAUCUGGCUUCCAUGCCGCAGUCGCAGAUGCAACUACAUGCACCGCAAGAACAGCUGCAUGUGCAGGGACAGCAACCGACCUACUGCGAGCUGCACAACACAAACUCCGCUUCGCACCCGCACCCGCCGGGUGAUAUUGGCUGGCACACGGUGCUACAGCCUGGACCUGGACCUGUUCCCAACGAAUGGAAUAGUAAAUUUAUUUUUACAUCCGAGGAUUGUUGACGUACUUAGUGUUGUAGAAGAAGUGGCAUCUGCACCAGCUGCUUGCGGACAUUGUUUUUUGCAGACGUUGGAUCCCCUUUCUCAUAGCGAAACGUGACCUCAGUUUGUAGGUAGAUAGACUGGACGUCGGCACAAACAGCCGAGCUGGAAAUGAAAUUUUGAUUUUGUAGGUAAUGUAGAAAAUUGAAAAAAAGGUAAUUGGGCGAUGAGUUGUCCGCCGGAGAACCCGGCAAACAACUUUUUGCCAGCCAGCAACUGCUGCGCUCCACCACGCGUUAUUCCACCAAGCAAUCCGCCUCCCGUCGUCGACCUGCUGUGUCCGACCCCCUCUGCGCAGGGUUGUGGAGUAGAAAACUUUGUGAACAUUAUCAACGGGAACACAAUAAGUCUUCCUGCGUUACCUCUGAAGACAGACAGCACGAUGGUUUUCAGACUGAGGACUGCGGCGCCGAACCGAAAGAUUACAACCACUUGCAAGGCGAUCUUCAUCAGCGACCACUAUUCUGCCCCUGCGGUCCGGAUUCUUCCCGCACUGCCCCGCAGCUUCUUCUCCCGCGAAGACCCAGGAAAAGCUGCUGCCCCCCGCCGGGGCCGCGCGCAGACAACCUGCAGCAACGGGCUACUCGACGCGAAGGCGUACAGUUCGGAUCCAGAGGCAGACGACUACGCUUUGCGGUGCGAGCGGCUCUCCGCGUCCGACGACACGGCCUUGCAGGCCGAGCUUGGGCGUGCUGUCCUGCGCAAAACUGCAGAGAUCAGCAACGGAACGGACGCUGCAGUGGUGGUCGCGACGACGCAGAUGAAGCGGGACGAAUGUGACGACUUGAGUAACUUGCUUCUUAAAGAAUACCAAGUAGUCAUUUUCGACGUCCUGCCCGACAGAGGAAACCAGCUCCUUGCCAGGGGACAAAUCGUCGCGCUCUAUCGCGGUGCCAGUACCGACUUCCCGCUCGGUGGGUACGCGAAGACGGGGCCGGACCCCUUUCGAAGCCACUGGCUGAGGGUCACGCGCGUCACGCCGGUGCACAUGCCCGCGGGCCAGGCUGCUAUUCCGAUCUAUCGCAUCACGGACGCCGAUAGAUUUCUGGAGGCGCAGUCCUCUGGUGGCGCGUAUCCGAAUGAUCCGAUUGCAGUCCUCCGGGAUGAGGGUAUCAAUUAUAUAGAUACAUAGAUACAUUUUUAUUGCGUGCUGCAGCGCCGAAAGAACGUGGUCAGCGAUUUUUUGUCUAUCGGACUGCUAUUCAUUUAUUCGUUGUGAGACAACAUGAUGUGGGAGCCACGAGUGAACACGAAGAACAUCUGCGAGCCUGCCCCGUUUCCUCUAAUAAAAACUAAACCGAAUGCAUAUGGUCGUGCAUAAUUGAUGAAUUAACGUAAAAGCACAUUAAAAUUACAACUUUACAGAAAUGGUGGUUUUUCCUGAAGUAACGCUUACGGUUGACAUCGUGUCGCGGUGCUGCUCCGCCGCCGCAAUUUCGUGCUAUGGCGAUUGGGGCAAACACUCGCAGCCAGAAGGGUUGGACCACUUCCGAGAUUCUUACGUGAAUUUUUCGUGUGAGCGGAGUCAGCAUAUGGCGUCGCUGGUUCGACAAUUCCGGCGAAACUUCAACGAUUGCAAAAGCGAUGACUUCAAAUUCUGGCGGGAUUACCCGUCGGGGUUGCAAUAUAAAAGGUCAAAGAUGAACAACUACAACCAGCAGAACUACAGUGGCGGAGUUAAGCAUUGGGGCGCUGAGGGGGAGGCAAAUGGAAAUGGCUGGUGCGCAACUCACUAUCAAUACCAGUGAGUAGAACUCCGGUCGUGCGACAAGCAGGUGUAAAGCAAAGAUGUCGCCGGGCGAUUUCUGUGAUGGCCGAGGCACGUUUUCAUUAUCAGCAGUAGGGCAUAUUAACACUCUACAAACAUUCAUCAUCAUGCAUAAGAAAGAAAUUGAUAUACUCAAAAAAAGAAGCGUCUAGACAAGCCGAAGCCCAUUGACACCGAUUCGGGAGUGUUGGUUUCGCCAACCUGACACUCGGGCUGGCACAUUUUUCUCGAACAAAGUAAAAUAGCAUCUUAUAGCUAAUGAUAGGUCAGAAGUAGUUCGUAUUUUUUUUUAUACAUCUCGAGAACACGUUCUUUUGUGCAGCUUAACUAACACUGCAGGAAUUAUUGCAGUCUCAACUUGAACCUUUAUCUGCUGCAGAUCCAGUAGACUAAUUUUUGUCAAUCUCAUGGCUGGCGGCGAGACAAAUCCUGCCUCUACGGAGGUAUUUUCAUAUAAUUGAAAAGCUCAGAGACUGCAUCUGAGCAGCCAGACUAGACUGUUUAGUUUGAUAUAAAAUAAUAGCGAGCGAGAGCGAACUUUUGUGCGGUUACAAACUGUACCCUUUGAAGCCGGCAGACUAAGACUAUUAGGCAGUACCCUUUUUUUUUUUGAAAGGCAAUGUUAGCAAAAGCGCCUUGCUAUUUCUGUGAUCCUGUUUAUUCCAAGGCGUCUGACUGUAAUUACUUCUCGUUCUCACAGUACAGAGUCACAAAACGACAGAAAUGGCUUGGCCGCUAUAGACCAGAAAAAAAAACGACAACGCAAUCAAAAAAUAAACAUCUUCAACUACAAAAAGAUAUAUCAAUCACAUUCUUUGACAUGCGAUAUCCGGCCUCUGCAGGGAGAAAAACCUCCUUGGCAGAGAGCAUAUCAUUCCAGCUUUAUGGCCGCCUUUGUGAACAAGGAAGGAAACUACAUGACGAAAACGACAACGCAAUCAAAAAAAUAAACAUCUUCAACUACAAAAAGAUAUAUCAAUCACAUUCUUUGACAUGCGAUAUCCGGCCUCUCCAGGGAGAAAAACCUCCUUGGCAGAGAGCAUAUCAUUCCAUCUUUAUGGCCGCCUUUGUGAACAACAACAAGGAAGGAAAUGACGUCCUUGUGAACGAGGAAGCUGAUGAAUUUUUGGUCGAUCUUCAUCCUAGUGCCAAAGGUGAGAUCAGGCCAUUGCAGGAGUUGCAGAGUGAGGCAAUCACUUGCAGAAGAGUGUGAGUCCCUGGACGAUACCGGACCACAUCUGUGUCUCUCUGCAGCCCAAGAUGAUCGAUUUAGGUUUUCAAUAAGAGGCAAGAAAAAUGCUUGGCG